AUCUCGUCAUCAACUGCCUGGAGGUUCUUGCCAACUUGCACUUUUGCGAUCUGUGUUUUACGGCGUAGGGCCACAUUUCUAGAACCACCUUUUGCCAACCCGAGCAACGAUGCUUCGUUAUUAGAUGUUCCUUCUUCACCAUUCGCCUGUGUUUGUAUCAUAAUUCUCUUUGUUUCAUAGCGCAGCGGCGCAUCUGCAUUGGAACCCUGCGCAACUUUUUAGACUCGCGCCAUCAUGGUGUCCGAUGCGCCGAACUCAUCAUGGCAUCCGGCCAUGAUGCCAAACUCGAUCGCCGACCCCCCGAAGCGACCGGAAGAGGCCACUCCUCCGUCCGCGCAAGAGCCCACGGCUCCAGAGGACAACACAGUACAACCCGAGCCCGAGGUAGCCGGGGAAGAAGCCGGUGCUUGGUUCCAGGAUGACGGCACCGGCGACGACUGGCUGGCAGACACGAACGAUGCACCCGCGCCCGAGCCCGCGCCCGCGCCGAGUACCGCGACGCCGGGACACGAAGAGCCGGUCGAACCCGCCGAGGAAGCCCUUCAAAACGAGUCCAGUACCACCUCCAAGCACUUGAGCACAAUGUCGUUUACACGGACUGCACAUGAAGUGAAUUGGAACGACGAUGAUGACGCCGAGUGGAGCCUCCCUCGAACUGACACCGACCCCUUCAAGUUCAUCCCCGAGACGAACCGGACCAACUCCUUUCCAGCGGUAUCUCCUUUGGAGAACGAGGCACACGGGGAACCGCACGAGCUUGACCACCCCAUCUCUUUCAACCCGGCGGAAGACCUCAUUCGCGAAAUCGAAGAGGAGGAGAGCCGGGAGGACGGGACACUCCCUGGUGCCGCCGCCGGGUUAUUGGGGGGUGAUGUUGUUACGCAGAAUACCCAAGAUGAUACUACCGCCCACCAGUACAUUCCCGAGAGUUCCGAUGCCGCCGCCAAUGACGCUCUCGGCGCCCGCUUUGAGGAAGGUCUACCUCUCGUCUCAUCAGCCGAGCAGGACGUAGCACAGGAAGGCCAGCGCGAGGCAGGGCGGGACCUGUUUGCAGAAGAAGCAGUCGGGGAAGAGGAUGACUUUUUCAGCAAUGUCCGCGCCGAUGGGGCCACCCAACAAGACGACGAUUUCCAUCCGACCCCGGUGCAACGCAAGUCUACCAUGGAUGUCCUGAACUCCUUGGAUCUGCCCUCUGCCGGUACCAGCUUCGUGCCCUUGGAAGAGACCGUCGAGGAGCCGGAACCCGAGGAGGAGAGCUCAUCGAAUCAGCCAAAGGCACAGGAGGGGGAGAACUUGGAUGAGAAAUGGAAAGAUAUGUUUGGCGAUGACGACGCCGAGGAGGGCUUUCUCCCAGACGAGAGUACUGGGCCGAACGAACUGGAUGCGUCGGCAUUCCUUGGCAGCGACGACGAAGGUCUCCUCGAAGACUCGGAGACCGAACAGCCGGAGCAAGACCAACCCCUUGGAUACGCACCCGCUUCGGGCGUUGGUGCGCAGGUGGCCAGCGGCCAGUAUCCUCCUCACAACCAGACCCCUGCUGUAGCCACACCCACGAACCCUUACCUCCCCGCCGCUUCCCCCGUGGCUCCAGCACACCCAUAUCUCCCGGCGGCCCCAGUGUCAGCAGUUCAACCUCCUGUUGCGGCUCCUUAUGCCACCACGUCCACUGCCCCUCCGGCGCCGGCGCCUGCGCAGUUCGGUUAUGGUGCUCCGCCCCCGGCACAGGAGAAGAACAAGGCACAAAGCUUCGUGGACAAGGCCAAAGGCGGUUACACAUCACCCUAUGACCUCCCCAUGGAAGUUGUCAAGCCAAAGAGACGCGCUGGCGCUCUGCCGCUUCAGAAUAAUACGUCAGGACCUAGCUCGCCCAGUACCAUGCCGCCUCCACCUAGGAGUGCAAGCAUGUACGCUCAGCCGCCGCCUUCCGCUGGUGCGCCGGCACCCGGUGUCGCACGCCCAACAUCGAGCCACUCGGCGCAAGGACCCCCGAGCGGGCGCAAACCCUCCCAUGAGAGCUUCUUCGAGGACCUUCCCAUGACAACCAAGCCACGCCCCGCAUCCCGCCAAAGCCACAAGGGUGUGCCGUCGCCGACGCAGCCGAGUUCCCAUACUUUCCCGCCGCAGUCUGCUCCGCCCUCGGUGACCUCCCAUCCGAUGCCUCCACCUGGACCACCAGCCCCGAGUGGGUUUGAGCCUGCUAUCCCGGACCUAGUUGCUCCAGCCCGUGUCAACCCUUAUGCUUCUUUGAGUGCUGCCCCCAGCCUCGUGCCCGCCGCGCCUCCCGUCGCAUCAACACGCUAUUCUCCCGCACCCCCCGGCGCACCCCCCGGCGCACCUCUUACCAACGGCCCAGUCCCCGCCCCUGUUUCCAGUCGGUAUUCACCCGCCCCACCAGGAUCACGGCAACCGAGCAGCGGGUAUGGCGCGACCCCCACGACUCCUGGGCCGGCGGUUUUACCACACCAACCCCGUACCUCCAGCCCCCUGGCCCACUUUGAAGUUACCCACGAGAGGUCAAGGGCUCAUGCACCCGUUGGCCAUGUUGAGGGUGGUAGCUUGGCGGAACGGCGGAGCAGCAGUUCCUUGCACGAUCACCGGCUCCAGAGGGUACCGUCGCUGCCCUCUACUCGGGAGGUCGAGGAAGAAGAAGCUCCGAUGCAGGUGCAUGCGCAGGCAUCUCCCAGUGGCCCGACGCCUCCCCAACCGAUGUCGCCGCCCGUUCCAAGAUAUGCACCGCCUCCCCAGGGAGCAAGGCAGACCUCCCCACACGCGGCUCUUUCGGCACAGACGGUAUUGUCCCCCCCAAAAAGGGUCAUGUCUAGCCACAGCCCUUUGGCGCCGCCGUAUGACUUUGCUCCACCCGCUCGUUCCCAGACCCAGUCCCCUGGAGCUCUGUAUGGCAACCGCGUCACGAAGCCUGUUGAGCCAAUUCCUCGCCCGUCCUCUGUUCACGAUCCUACCUCCCCGAGAGAAGCGGCGUACCCUGCUGCGCCGGCACCCUUUGCCCCUGUCGCUUCCGCCACUACCUACGGGCGUCCCAGGGGUGCGUCUGUGAAUCUCAACGUAAUUCCUCCGACAGAUGGCCGCGAACAGGACCCGCUUCAGCAGUGGCGAGGUGCCCCGAUCAUCUCGUGGGGUGUUGGCGGGACCUUGGUUACCAUGUUCCCCAAGGAAGUGCCCCGCUACGGCAUGAACCAGAGCAUCCCCGCCGUGAUCCGCAGUCCGGGUGAAGUCAAGAUUCAAAACAUCAAAGACAUCAUACCCUUUGAGGAACGUCUCGCAAAGUUCCCGGGGCCUCUGAAGGGCAAGUCGAAGAAGAAGGAGACGGUUGCUUGGCUGACAGCCGGCAUCGAGAGCCUAGAACAGGGCUUACCUGCUAACUUCUCCCUUCAUUCCCACUUCUCCCACGAUGACAAACGUGCAGUCGAGCGAGUCUUGCUGUGGAAGAUCCUUCGCGUCUUUGUCGAGCACGACGGCGUGCUGGAGGGAAAUCCUGUUGUGGACAAGGCCGUCCGUGAUCUCUUGUCCCCAGGACUCGAAGCCCCCGAUAGCACAACACCGUACAUGAAUGGCGGUGACAAGUUUGGGCUUGCUGAUUCGGCGCCAGCCGGGUUGCAAUCUGACGGGGUCAGUUCCUCGACGGUCGAACAAAUUCGCCGUCAGCUCCUGAGCGGGGACCACGAGAAGGCCAUCUGGACUGCCGUGGACCAGCGCCUGUGGGGCCAUGCUCUUCUUCUUUCCAAUGCCCUCGCGCCAAAUCUGUACAAACAGGUUGCGCAAGAGUUCAUUAAGAAGGAAGUCAACUCCCCCGGCCACAACAACGAGUCGCUCGCUACUCUGUACGGGGUCCUUUCUGGGAACCACGAAGAGAGCGUGGACGAGCUUGUCCCGAGCCAUGCCCGCGCGGGACUCCAGCUUUUAACCACACACGCGACAUCCGGCCCUUCAAAGGAUGCUAUGGAAGGGCUCGAUAAGUGGCGGGAGACACUCGGCCUCAUUCUCAGCAACAGGAGCACCGAUGACGGCCGCGCGAUCAACUCGCUCGGUGUCCUGCUCUCCGGCUACGGGAGGGCAGAGGCUGCCCAUGUCUGUUUCAUGUUCGCGCGCGGCCACACCGUUUUUGGCGGGCUUGAUGACCCGGCAUCUCAUUUUGUUCUCGUCGGGUCUGACCACAAGAAGCAGGCCGAGCAAUUCGCCAAGGAGAUUGAGCCUCUGUUGCUGAGCGAGGUCUACGAGUAUGGACAAAGCCUGGCUGGAGGCUCCAGCGUGCCAGUAACAAACCCGCAUCUGGCGGCCUACAAGCUGCAGCAUGCCCUUGCUCUGGCCGAGUAUGGGUUUCGGGACAAGGCCUUGCAGUAUUGUGACGCGAUCGCUACAGCGAUUACCUCGCAGACUAAGAGGUCUCCGUAUCACCAUCCCAUUUUGGAAAAUGCUGUGGAGGAUCUCAUGAUGCGCCUCAAGCAGGCUCCGAGGGAGGACUCCGGUUCCUGGAUCCCGAAACCGACUAUGAACAAGGUGACCGACACAGUGUGGAGCAAAUUUAACAAGUUUGUCUCCGGCGACGAUGACGGUUCCGGCCAGGGGCCUGCUGGAGAAGGCGAGCCCGGGCCGUUCUCGCGUGUCGCGGGCGGCACCCCAACAAUCAGCCGGUCACCUUCGGCCAGCAACUUGGAGACAUUUGGUGCUGCCGUCCCCAGCUAUGGCAUGCCGGUUGCCCAACCUAACGGCCCGGUACCGGCUUCCGCGCCGGCGACCAGAGCUGCGUCCCGCUACGCGCCAGGGGCGCCCCAAGCGGGAGGCUCUGGCAGCAGACCCUCCACCUCGGCGUACGCGCCGAGAUCGUCGAUGGAGCGGACGUCGAGCGAAAUGAACAGAGGCUCAUUCGAGGUGCCCAGGCGGUCCUUGGAGAUGCAGGCCGGGCGCCGGGGCAGUUAUAGCCCUGUCAGGAGUGGCUCGCCCGCCGGCAUGUACACGCCGCAGAGUGCCGAAUUCGGCUCGCCGCAACAAUCGCCGUACCAUCCGGUUUCUCACGCGCAACCGACGCAACCUCAGGCACCUACCAGCGCUCCUCAACCGGCCGGCUACCCCAGCCCCCCAGCCGACGGAGUUAGCCCUGGUCAAGAAUUGGAAGGCUCUGGUCAAUCCCCCGAAACUUCCGGCUACCAACCCCCGUCGUACGGAUAUGAGCCCCCGUCAUUCACCCCAUACGAAGCUCCCGUCGAGGAGAAGAAUGGUACACCGGAGGAAACUCCCAACGGCGGCUCUUACGAGUCACCCUCGUACCAGCCAUAUGGCUACGAGCCGCCAUCAUACGAACCCGACACGCAGCCCUCGAACGAGGAUGCCGGUUCCGGCGAGGAGUCGAAGCCCAGACCUAAGAAAAAGGGCAUCAUGUACGAUGACGAUGACGACUUCCCCACUCCACGGCCCGCCGAAAAGUCAAAGGCGGAGAAAGACCGGGAGAACGACGAAAUGUUCCGCAAAGCUGCUGAAGAAGAUGCUCAACGCGCCGAAGCAGCCAAGCAAGGCAAAAAGGGCUGGGGCUUCACCUCCUGGUUCGGCGGCGGCGGCGCCAAGAAGGAAGCGGCCGCGCCCGACUCCAAGGGCGGCGCCAACCCCAACAAGCCCAUCCGCGCCAAGCUCGGCGAGGCCAACUCCUUCUACUACGACCCGGAGCUCAAGCGCUGGGUCAACAAGAACGCCGGGCCCGAAGACACCGCCAAAAAGGCCACCCCCCCACCCCCCAGAGCCGGCGGCGCCCCGCGCUCCGUCAGCGCCAGCCCAGCCUCCCCGCCCUUCUCCCCCGGCGCCGGCGCCGGCCGCGCCAGCGCCCCACCGCCCAUGGGCGGCCCGCCACGCUCCGCCAGCCGCGGCCCGCCACCACCAACCUCCGCCUCCGACACGGCCCUGCCGUCACCCGGCGCAGCCGCAGGCGGUGGUGCGGGCGGCGGCGCGCUCGGCCCGCCCCCCGGUCCCGUCGCCAUGCUGCGCUCCGUGUCCAACACCAGCACCGCCAGCGCGCCGCCGCUGGGGCAGGGCCAGGGUGGUGGCCCGCCGGCGUCGCGGCCGUCGACCAGCUUGAGUAAUUCGAGUAGUAUCGAUGACUUGCUGGGCGCGGCGGGGCCGAGGAAGCCCGGGGCGGCGAGGAAGGCGAGGAAGGGGGCGAGGUAUGUGGAUGUUAUGGGGAAGUGAGGAGAUGAUUAUGGAGGGGUUGUAUAGAUUAUGAUAUAUGUGUAAUUACUUGAUGUUGUCUGCCUGCUCUGGCUGCCGCCCUGUUUGCUGAGGCUGCUGAGGCGGUCUUGGAAAGGGGUGCUUGUGGUUUGGGCUGGGUGUUUUCUUUUCUUUCCAUAAGUCUCUUUUUCGUUUUUGGGUUGAUUCUGGGGAACUCCUGUAUAUUUUUAACGGACCUAUGGCUUUAAUGAGAUGAGGCAACACGAUUAGACGUUGUGGCUUUUAUGGAAAUAGAGAUUGAGUGCUGAGAGGUUUGCGA